UGUUGUGGAGCGUGACCGGAGGAGGCGGGAGCGGAGGACCGGCGCCUUCUCCUUGCUUCUUGGGGUCGUGGCCUUGCUCCCGCCGUGCGAGGAAAAGGUUCGGGCGUGUCCACGCGCGUGUGUGCGCGUGGGGCCUGAAGUGCUCGUGCGUCCGGGCUAGGUCUCUGCGGGGGGCAGAAGCAGGAGCCAUGGGCGGGACCUCCAGCACCCGCCGGGUCACCUUCGAGGCAGACGAGAAUGAGAACAUCACGGUGGUGAAGGGCAUCCGGCUUUCGGAAAAUGUGAUUGAUCGCAUGAAGGAAACCUCCCCAUCUGGUUCGAAGUCUCAGCGGCAUUCUGUUUCUGAUGAAGAAUUGAAGAGAAGAGUGGCUGAGGAGCUGGCAUUGGAGCAAGCCAGGAAAGAGUCUGAAAACCAGAAACGACUAAAGCAAGGCAAAGAACUAGAACGAGAGAGGGCUUUUGCUAAUGAGCAGUUAACCAGAGCUAUUCUUCGAGAGCGGAUAUCAAGUGAAGAAGAACGAGCCAAGGCAAAGCACCUGGACAUUGAAGACAAAGCUAAGCAGCUGGAAGAGAAAGAUCGAGUGAUAAAGAAGCAGGAUGCAUUCUACAAAGAACAGCUGGCUAGACUGGAGGAGAGGAGCUCAGAGUUCUACAAAGUCACCACUGAACAGUAUCAGAAAGCUGCUGAAGAGGUGGAAGCAAAGUUCAAGCGGUAUGAAUUUCAUCCUGUCUGUGCUGAUCUGCAGGCCAAAAUUCUCCAGUGUUACCGCCAGAACACCCAGCAGACCCUCAGCUGCUCCGCUCUGGCUGACCAGUACAUGCGCUGUGUCAAUCAGGCCAAACAGAGCAUGCUUGAGAAAGGAGGAUAAAGUCAACUUUUAGAACAAGCAGAACUCCUCAACGUUAAUUCCAGAGGCGGAACAUUUUUUUUUUCCUAGUAAGAAAGUAACCCAUUUAAGGAGAAGACGAUUAAAGAGAAGCACCAAAGAGCAGAUGCAGCCGAAGCGUAUCCCAAUUUGAUCAGCUGCAGUUUGAAAAGCCAAGGCCUAGAUCAGGUAUCAGCCAGCAAGGACACACUGCAGUGUUAGUCAGCCCUGUUCACGAUGAUUAAAAGAGAAAGGCAGCCCUCUCCACCUAUCUGACUUUCUAUUCAACUUUCUCUUCUCACCAAGCUCCAGGGUUGGGUGAAUCUUCAUUCCAGCAGAGCUGGGGUUGGGGGUUGGGAUGGGGGCUAAGGUAAUUGGAACGGGGUUGGGGAGAGGGCACCAAACCUCCCAUCGCAGCCCAGCAGGGCUCGGUGCAGUCUUCUGAGCUCUGGUGUGUUGAUUUUCUCUUUCUUCUUUUCUCCCCUGACUACAUAAGAGCUACUUCAUUUUAACUUAUUAUGGUGAUCAUAUAAGUAAGACAAAAAGGAGAGAAAAAUGUACCUCUUUUACUGGAAUAAUGUUUAUGAUUACAAGUGAAAUAAGGCAUUUUUUAUCAACAUAAAGGCAACCUUGGCUUAUACAACCUCUUCUCGAUCAUGAAUACUGACAUCUUUACUGCACUCACUAUCAAUAAUAAAUAUAUUUUCCGAAGAAGACUGGCAUUGCA